AUGGAAGAGACAGGACCAGCAGGAGAGGAUGCAUUUGAGUCCUUGGAGGAGUUCCAGAUGGUCCUCAAUGAGCUGGUCGGGGACAAGAGUAUGGACAAGGUCCGGAUGGAGUACGAGAAGUUAAUCCGCGCGCUGAAGAAGUCCCGAGAGAAUGAGAAGAGGCUAAUGUCUAAAUGCAGGGAGCUGAAUGCAGAGAUUGUGUCCACCUCGACUAAAGUUGCAGCCGCCCUGAAACUGUCCCAGGAAGAUGAGACAACAAUAGCUUCACUAAAGAGGGAGCUGGAUAAAGCCUGGAAAAUGGUUGACGCUGCUCAUGAUAAAGAGAAGAGGGACAAAGAGACCAUUAGGAACUUAAACGAAGAAGUUGCCAACCUUAUCAAAACGGCCGAACAACAAACUGGCUUUUCUAUGAACCAAGAUCAAAGUGAUCUACUAAAAAUGAAUGAGGAGUUAACUAAGGAGAGGGAUCAGCUGCUGACAAACGUGGAGGAUCUGAGAGAAAAACUGAACAAGGCCACCGCAGUCCAGCAGGAUAUAGAGGCCCAGCGAGACACUGCCUUAGAGAAUAUUUCUCAGCUCCAGCAGGAGCUCCAGGUACAACAGAAUGAGAUUUCCCGGGAGAUGAGGUUGAAGGAAAAGCUGGACAAGGAGGUGAAGCAGCUGCAUAUUGACAUGGAGGCCAAGAUGGGGGACGUCAAAGCUUUGAAUCUGCAGGGCCAAAGGGCCAAAGAGGAGCAGCAGAGACUGGAGCAGCAGCUGAAAGAGCUCAAGAUCUUGAAUGAGCGAUCCAGCAAGGAGCUGGAGCAGAUGCAAGUGAAGAACACCAAACUGCAGCAGGAGUGUGAGCAGCUCUCAUCAGUCAAAGAACGUCUCGCUCUGGAAAAUCAGCAGGGCGCAAAUGAGCUCAAGAUGAGAGAAGAUGAAGUGAACCAGAUGCGUCAGGAGAUUGCCAAACAAACAAAGAUGAGAGAGACCAUCCAGAAGAGGUUCCACCAGAUGGAGGAUCAGAAAGCCGAUGUGGAUGUGCAGAAGGAAACACUCAAAGCUCAGAUUGCUGGUCUGGAGAAAGAUCUUGAAUCUUCCCAAAAGCAAGUUGAAGCUGACAGGAAAGCCAUAGAUGAGCUGAUCCGAGAGAGAGACAUCUUAAAUAAGAACAUGAUCAAAGCUUCACAGUCGACUGAGAAACAGCAGAACCUUGUGAAGCUCCUUGAGCAGGACAAGAAGACAUUGGAGCACGAGAUCAAUGGCUACCGCCAGGAGGCCCAGAAGCAACGCAAGAUCAUCCAACAGCUGGAAAAAGAACGUGACCGCUAUAUCAACGAGACCAGCAACCUCAUGCAGAAGGUGCAACAAAAAAUGAGUGAUGUCGAAGUAAGAGAGAUGGAGAUAUUUGACUGGAGGAAGAAGGUCUCAGAAGCAGAGUGCAAACUCAAACAGCAAGAGAACCUGCUGGAGUCUAUUGUGUCUGAAAGGAACCUCUACAGCAAGAACCUCAUCGAGGCUCAGGAAGAGAUUGCAGAAAUGAAGAGGAAGAUGAAGACCAUGAACAACCAAGUCACCCGACUGAGAGAUGAGAUCACUGGGAAGGAGCUUGCCCUGGCCAAGGAUCAGCAGGAACACAAGCGCUUAGAGAAGGAUAACGAGGCCCUCAAGGGGGAGCUGCAGGUGGUGAAGCUCCAGCUUGAGGAAACAAAGCAACGUGUUGACAGUCAGAAAGCAGAACAGCAAAAACUGCAGAAGGUCAUAGCCGACGCAGACGCUGAGCAGAUCCAACAGAAGAAGCAACUGGAACAGGUGAUCAGAGAGCGGGACAACCUGGGCAAACAGCUGCUACGCCGGAACGAUGAGCGUGCACUGCUGUAUGAGAAGAUCAGGAUCCAGCAAUCAAUCCUGAGCAAGGGGGAUUUCCACUACAACCAGAGGAUGGAAGACAUCCGCCUACUCAAGCUGGAGGUCAAGAGGCUCCGGCGCAAGAAGAGCAUCCUGGACAAGACUGUGCCCAACACAGAGGACCUGAGGCGAGAGCUGUUCCACCUCCAGAGGGAGCUGCUGAGAGAGAGGACGAGGAGCAGUGUCCUUGAGGAACAGCUGAAGCCCAUAAAUAUUCACCGCUGGAGACGACUGGAGGGCAGUGACCCCAGCAAAUACGAACUCAUCCAGAAGAUUCAGUCCCUGCAGAAACGACUGAUUGCCAAGACCCAAGAGCUUGAGGAGCGUGAACUCCUAUUACAGGAAAAGGAGAAGUUGUAUGUGGAGCUGAAGCACAUUCUGGCUCGGCAGCCGGGUCCAGAAGCAGCCGAGCAGCUCCAGCGGUGCCAGUGGACCGUCAGAGAGAGGACUAAAAAGCUCAAGGCGUUGAUAGCAGAGCUGAGAAUGCUCGACUCCAAGAUGAAUGAGUACAAAAGUGAAAAUCAAAGCUUAGCUAAUGAGCUGGCAAACAUUAAGAAGAAAUACCUCUUUCAGAAAAAGCUUCACAGUGAGCAGAGGACCAAGACCAAGGUGGAACACCUGGAACCUCUGCCCCAGCUGAGCAGCAAACCUCACUUCACUGGAGGAGGCUUCAGGAUCGACAAUCCUGUGAGAAGAUAAUGGCUCUUUUAAGGGAAUUAUUUAUAAUCCACUCAAAAAUACCUAUUACCACAUAACUUGACAAAGGUCAAAGGUUUUCAAACACCAUGUAUUUUACCACUAAACAAUCAUGACCUAAAUCACCAAAUAAUGAUCAUUAAUAAGGCUAAUUUCAUUUGUGCAAACAGAGGGGUGUCUGACACAGGACUGCUGUCAUGUUCUAGGAAAUAUUUUUGAUCAGUAUAUACAUUAUUAAUCUUGAACAACACAUUAAAUCCCUAUCAUGUUCUCUUUCUUUGCAGCUUAGAGCAUUUUCAAAAUCAGUCUGUUGUCUCUCACUACUGAAUGUUCAACAAUCAGUUAUUCAUACCUUUCUCUCAUUCCAAGCAGACUACAGUAACUCUGCAUCACAAUCAAAAAUGGUAAAGCACAAAGGAAACCUCAAAGCAGGUUUUUUUCUAUACCUUCUAUUAAGUACAAGUACUAAUGUGUUGACACGCAUCAUCAAACAGUCAUGGUAUGGUAAUGUAUAAUUAGGCAUCUUAGGCAUAUGAAACAUUUGCUAGGAACCUUCCUGUCUUUUGAGGUCUAAACUACACUCUAAUUCAAUAAGUUAUGUUAACUAAAAAAGAUUGUUGAAACGGAUUACAUCAGUUGUUCAUCAAGAAUUCUUGAUGAAGCAGCUUCAAUUUUGACACUGUUUUAAUUUGUAUGUUAAAAAAAAAAUUCCUGAUAC